UUGUGUCAUGUUGGUUGUUUACCUCAUCCAUUAAUCACAAAGUCGGGUUCGAUCCUCGCUCAUAGCAACAUAGCACAUUUUUUAUUAGUCGUUUAUCGCUUAGUUCGAACACACACGAUCAGAGGUCCCAAUCAAUAAAAAAAGAUAAUGCUCUUGUCUAUCCAAAUUUAUUGCUCUGCUCCUUGUCACGCCCACAUUUAACCGCCACAUCUUUAUAAUAUAUUCCUACCAAAUUCAACUGUUUCAAUUUGAACUCCUUAUUCCCAUGGCUUCACCAGAGAAAAAACUUGGAGAAUUCCUAAAGGAGCAACAAGAACCUUUCAUCCUAGAGGUUUACCUAUUAGAAAAAGGGUGUUCAAGAAAAUUGAAAAGAUCUGAUGCAAGCUCUUGCUUCUUCAAGCCUCUCUUUCCACUUUCCAAAGUGCUAACAAUCCUACAUAAGAAGCUUCACUUUCAAAACCGAUCAAAAAGUGCUCUGUUCAGGGACCCUGAAACCAGAACAGAGCAUGCCCCUCAUGAAACAGUUGUGGAACUGGAAACAGAUCGGUUCUCAACCGCUAGCAGCUCAACGGUAUUCAAUUCAUGCUCAGAUGUUGAUGAAGAUGGAAAUUCUUUUUGGUCACAUGAGAACAAUCCUUUGUUUUCUUCAGACAAUUUCGAAGUUUCCAGUGUCUACAACAUGGAGGUACAGAGCCAGCAAGCUAUCAACAAUGGAAAUCAACACCAAAGAUGCAUAGAAGGUUCUGUGACACAUGAAAAAUUGAACCAUGAUGUUUGUGUUUGGGGAAAAGAACAGAGAACAAGGAAAAUCACAGAGGAUUCACUAUUAUCAGCUGCUCUGUGGAGUUCACUUAUUCAAUCAGCAAAGAGAUCAGAGAACUAUACUAAGCAAUUACAAGGGCUUCUUGGGCCAAAUGUUUCACAGGUGUUGAAAUCUAAAAGGGUGUUACACGAGACAAAGCAACUUCUAUUUGAUUGUGUGAGGGAGAUUACGAUGAGUCAGAAAGGUUGCAAUAAGCAAAUGGUACAAUUCAUGGGAGCUGAAAAUCUGGGGAAGGUGAUGUGGGAGAGGACAAAAGAAUGGUGUGGAAAUGAGAGUUUGGAUGAUUGUGCCAAUGAAUGGAGUAGUAAAUUGUUGAAGGCGCAGGUGAUGGAGAUUUGCGUUGAGAUUGCCGAUGCAAUAUUGGAAGGUGUGAAUGAUGAGGUUGUAUCAGAGAUGAUUGAAAUUGAAAUUUUGACACCAACCAUGUAAUGAACUUAAUUUCGAUUGCAGUAUCUGUCCACUGCCCAUUUCUGACCAUUACCUCUUGAGUGGUGUGAGGUCUUUAUGAACUCAAAACUUCAAAUAUGAGCUGCUGAAUUUGUACACUGCUGAAUUUUUUUCCACAGUCAAUUCCAACAUUAAGGAACUAUAACGUGUCUUUUUCAUACAAUUGUUCGAGUCAAAUUUAGGAGUAUAUUUAGUUAAAAAACUCACCCACAAAAUAUGCUAGGCCUAGUUAAAAAGUCCAUACAUUUGUGGCUGAAAAAACAUGUUCUGCACAUUAACACCUUAUUUAAACUCUAAGUUUUGUUUCAUUAAAAUAUAUAGUUUUUAAGUUAAAUUCACACUUCCAUUAAUGCCAAUUGGUAACACUGCAUAAGAUACUUGACAAAAAAAUAUCUAGGUCAACAAGAACAUCCUUAAUCCCCGAAUGAUAGCUCAUGUGAUAAGAGUUAGGGAUAUAAAGGUUGAAUGGGAUGAAGAGUGAAACGCACCGUUUCAGUAAAUGAGGGUAAAAUAAUAAUAAUAAUAAUAAUAAAAUAAAAAGAAGACAGCAACGUAAAGGAGGAGAAAUGGGUUGAAUACCCAUUACUUUCUUCCUCUGGUACCCGAAACCUCACUUCCCCCUUCUGAUUCCAUUCUUCUUCACCUCAAAAUUCUCAUUCUUCUCCUUUAAUACUUUCAUCCUCAUAAUUUAUGUGCUAUCAUCAACUAAAAAACGUGGAUACCCAUUGUAGAUUAAGUUUGGAAAUUGAGUGAUUUGAAGGUUACUCAUUUUCUGAGUUGGGUUCUUUAGGGUACUUUGAGAUUCUCAAGGAGGCGCUUCUGUUGGUCAAACUGAGGGUGCAGAAAGAGAUUGAGCUAGCUCUCCAUAGUUAGGAACGAGCCACGACCGAUUAGACAAGAACUGGCCUUUCUUUUUGUUAAAGAAAUAAGACAGCCGGCGCAAAAGCAACAAUACAGGAAUCAUAGAAGCUCAAGCCCUCAACUCGACCUGAGAAAACAGCAUUUCACAAGCAGCUGUGUAGUAGAUUUCUGGGCCUUGCUGAGUUACCCAUGAGUCUUCACUUGUUUUGGUAUGCCUCCAUUGUGCGGUGGCUAGUAUGUUCUUUUUGGUCGACUCCAGUAUGAUGCAGCCAUAGGGAUAGAGAGUCAUUUUCUGGUUCUGAGUUGUAAUUAUUAAACUCACUAUGUUAGCGCUUUGUUUGGUUUGUACUCUUAAGACCCUUUGAUGGGUGUUAUUUUGUUAUGAUGUAAUAUCUGGUUGCUGGGUUUCUAGAUAUAUGUUAUGACAGGUAUUUAUCA